CGAAAUCUCCGUAGUCUUCAAAUGAGCUCAGUGAAAUCGGCCGAGUUUAUUUGAAUGGGCGGUUCUCUGAGCGGCUAUAAAUGUCUUGGCAACCGACGUUAUUCACGCUCCCUUCAAGACCCUUGCUCUUCGAACCACACUCUCGCUGCUGCCAAGUAGUCACUGCAAUGUUCAAUCUCGUUAUCCUAUUCCUCGUCUCCCUUCUUGCAUGCAUUUACGGCAUUAGAAACAGAAGACAACUAUCAGUACCUCCGGGCCCGAGAGGCAUCCCCUCUUAGGCAAUGCGCUCCAGCUUCCCAAAGAAUGUAGUUGGCUCACGUUCGCGGAAUGGGCCAAAAUAUACGUUCAAUCAUCGUGUUGAGCUCCCGCGAGGCCAUCUCCGACCU